GGGGGUGUGUCUAGAGCAUUGCGUAGUCUGGUAUGGUUUGGUGUGGUGGUGGGGCAGCUCUUGCUAUCGCUGGCCUCGCAUCAAGCGAAACCAUGGAGAUGGCGAUGGCGAUGCUCCGUAGCGGCGGCGGCGGCGGCUCUCUUGAAGCGCCGCAGCAGCAGCAGGAUGAGCCGUUCAAGUGCAAAUUCUGCGGCAGGUCUUUCCGAAAGCAUCAAGCCCUCGGAGGUCACAUGAAUGCUCAUCAGGAGGCGAGGGACAGAGAAAAGCUGGAAAAACUGCAUGACAGGUUGUGCCGACCCAGGAUAAAUGGAGCACCCCUGAAGCCAUUGUACCCAGAAGUGAAUGACAACCAUUAUGGCCCAGCCAAUGAGAUGCCGCCAUAUCAGAUGCCAGCUCAGAUUUCCAUAGGGUACCCACCAGAUCCUCCUAUGCGUGCCAGCCACAACCGCGAGGGUCCCAUGUUCCCCACAUACGCGAACGCGUACCCAACUGCUGUGCCCUACGGCGUCCCUUAUCAAGCGGCGACACCCCUCCUGGACAAUUCCAUGCGGAAUCCGCCGGCUCUGAGCCCCCAAGGCCCUCGUCAUCCCCUGGAGCCAGUUCGAAGCCAGCAUCGAGCCAGUGCUUCUUCUCCCUUUGAAGCAGAGAGUGAUUUUCAGUUUGGAAGGUUUUUUUCCCAAGAGGACUAGUUGGAAAUACAAUCCUUCCUCAACGGGUCAUUCGGCUCAACGUAAGAAGCAGAAGAAGAUUGUACAAAAACAAAAACAAAAAAAAGAAAAAAAAAACACAAGUGUAUGUAGACGUAUCAGGACACAAGGUUGGAGAGUAGAAUUAGCUGUACAGAUAUUGCAUUGUGUAUGGGUUGGGGGAAGCUCUGUUUCGGCUUGAGCCGUAGUUUCUUUUCUUUUCUUUUCUUUUCCCGUCACCGUGUUCCACCUGCUACAAGAUUUGGUGGCUUCACAGUUUUUAAAACUCGCUUUGUGUCGCACCAUUAUAGCAGGCUUGAGGACAGUACUAGUUGGGUGUAUACAGAGGGGAGGAGGAGCCCAGUUGCUUGACUAGCCUACGGUACUUUGAUGUUGUAGUAAAAUAAUCUAUGGAAUGAUAGAUGGUUUUGAGGAAA